AUGUCCUCCACCAGUGCUCUUCCCACCACUAGUACACCAUCCACCAGAACCAGCCAUACCAGGACACAUGUCGUCAUAACGCCAGUCCUCCUCCGCGGCUGUCUUCCUUCUCUGGGACAUACCACCGUCGCACGGCGCAAUUAUGAAGGUCAAACAUCCCAUGGUGAGACAACGUAUGUAAGGACAAUAACGACCCCUCGUGUCGAGACACGCUUCUCUGCUCUCGAUCUUCAUAAUGACGGUGAAGGUCAUGAGGAUCAAGCGGCACUAUCGCCCGAGACUGAAGCAGCCAUCACGAGAUACGUGCGCUCGGUAAAAGAAGCGUUGGGAUUGAUGCCGAAUGUGCCUGCGUUGCCGCAAUGGGGAGACCCAUCAGUAGCUUUUGAGCGCUGCACUACUCGAUCUCGAAUGCGCCAUUUGAGUCUGCUCACAGAGCACACUGCUCGUAUUUAUAAUGAGGGAGACGAAGGUCGAGAAUGGCCGUUCACUUAUCGCCUUUACCCAAAUGACCAACAGUAUUCUAAUAAUGGCGGGGUGCUUCCUGGGCCAGAAGACCAACCGCUCAGAUGGGGAGACUACGCAAACAGGUUGGAACGGGCGGUGGAGGGUGCCAAGAAUUUGGACGAACUGGAUGCCAUCCCGGAAGGGACUGUCAAGAUUGCUUUUACAACCGAUAUCGUCCAGCCUACAAGGCUGAACAGAAUCUCCCGUCCAGAGGGAGAGAAUGAUACGAACUCUCUGCAGUCCUGGAAGCUUUUGCAUCCCGAAAUAAGUGUCAAGAGUCGAGUCCAAGAUGAUUCCCCCGAAUGGAUCAAGAGGGUUGAAAGCGCGCAAGCCUCGUAUGACCGAUCGAUCUCUACAGCGAUAGCAUCUUCAUACCGGCCCUUGGCCAGCGUUGACCUGACACCACAAACAAGAGUUCUGGAAUUCCUGGACGAUAUUAGUCGGAAUGAGCAUUUGCUGUUCGAUUAUGCAGCACACAAUGUGGCGGAGGAGGUGUCUUUCGGGGUGGGAGGAAAGUAUACAGAUGAAGAUGGGGAGGAGAUCGUGGAUGGGCUUGCGGUAAAAGCUGCUUGGGUUGAUCCCGAUACGUUUGAAGUACUUCGUGGAGAGCCACCCAGAGACUGGCGAUCUCAAGCUGAAAGGCGUUUCGAUUAUGAGAAGGAUAUCGAGAAGGGCCUUGAGACGAUGGGGAAAGAUCUGGAAGAAGGGAGCCCGAGUGGUUUGCCUGAAGAGGUAUGGGGCACCUGGGAGGAGUAG